AUGGUGGGCAAUUUUAGCUACUAUGUUGAACCUAUUCUCAACUUGGCCAAUUUGCAGUACUACGGACCCAUCACUGUUGGGACUCCUGAACAGGCUCUUACCGUCCAAUUCGAUACUGGUUCUAGUGACCUGUGGGUACCACAAACGAUGUAUGAUUACCACACCUCGCAAACAUCUUCAAGCUCGACAACGCAGAGGGUGCUGGAGUACGGCAAGGGCGCGGUGUUUGGCAAUUUGACCAAUGACAGAGUGUGUCUGGGCCUCUCUGGUGAACUCUGUAUAUCGGGACAGAACUUCAUCUUGGCCUCGGCACAACGCGAUAUGAACAUGCGGUUUUUUGACGGAAUUCUGGGUCUUGCUUGGCCCGGUCUAUCUCGUACGGGAACGACAGUCUUGGAACACCUGAGUGAAAUCAUGGACUACCCGCUCAUUUCCUUCUCAUUCACUGACGAUCCUAUUUUUACAAUGUCUCUCGGAAGCACGGUCACUUUUGGUGCUAUCGAAGAGGAGAAUUACCGUAAAGGUACCUUUACAUGGGCGCCAGUCGUGGGGAAUCUCUGGUGGUCUAUCGAGGUCAGCAUUGGAGUACUGUCACCACCGUCGAAGGCAUCACCUAAGUCUAUUGGCAGUGCUAGCAAUUCGACGCCGGACUCGGGCUCAGUGAUGAUCUCGAAUCAGCAAGCAGCGCUCGAUACAGGCACAUCGUACAUCACUGUGCCAAGGAACGUAUUCCUACCGUUGCUCACUGCACUGGUCCCUCAUGAAGUGUUGAUGACUUGCAGUGUGCUCUUACCAGGCGGCUUUCUUACAUGUCCGUGUGGGGCUCAGAAUAGCGCGGGAACUAUGGUGAUCAUCAUACAGGGCAUGCGAUACACUGUCACGCCGACUGACUACUUCACCUUACCGACGCCACAGAAUGAGUGCAUGAUUGAGUUGCAGAUGAGUCCUGAUGGAUUACCUAUAAUACUAGGCGACACUUUUCUUAAGAAGCACUAUACUGUUUUCGAUGCUAAGGAGAGGCGUGUUGGAGUGGCGGUAUCAGCCUAUGGUGGUGUCUUUGGUGAUCUCGAUGGGAGUCGAAGUUCAAUGCCGAUCAGGGAAAAAGAGAACUCGGUUGACAGCUCCUAUCGGCUCUUCGGGGUUGUCCUCGUCACUGUACUGCUCGUACUCAGUGCCGCUUACCUGGUCCCUCGCUUCGUGAGCCGAUUCACUCACCGAUCAGCUCUGAAGCGUCCUCUGCUCGAGACAACCGAUGCACGAUAAGAUGACCUCUGAGGUAGGCGUAGAGUUGUAUUAUUUUUUUAUGACAACUAUAUCAUGAUCGGAGUUCUAUG